CAUCAUGAUUCAUGUAAUGCAUUUUUUGACUUUUAGCUAGCCAAAGCAGGGCCCAUUUCAGUUAAACUUUCAGUUGUCCAGUUACAAACUCGGAGCUCAAAGCGCCGUAGCAGUUCUGAAGAACUCAAGAACAUGGCUCCUCCCCAAAAUCAACUCAAUCUGAACAACUCUGUCCUAGCCCUCCUUGAAAGAUGCAUUCAUCUCAAUCAUCUCAAGCAGCUCCAAGCCUUUCUCAUCACUCUCGGCCAUGCCCAGACUCAUUUCUACGCCUUCAAGCUCCUCCGCUUCUGCACUCUAGCCCUCUCCAAUCUCUCCUACGCUCGCUUCAUCUUCGACCACGUCGAAUCCCCCAAUGUCUACCUCUACACUGCAAUGAUCACUGCUUAUGCUUCUCAUUCUGAUCACACUUCAGCCCUUCUUUUGUACCGCAACAUGGUUCGUCGCCGUCGGCCUUGGCCCAACCAUUUUAUCUACCCUCAUGUCUUGAAGUCGUGCACCCAGGUCGUGGGGCCGGGGAGUGCGAGAAUGGUGCAUUGUCAGGUGCUGAGGUCGGGUUUUGAACAAUACCCAGUUGUGCAAACAGCUCUUCUUGAUGCCUACUUGAGGUUUUGGUCUGAUGUGGAAAGUGCGCGUCUCUUGUUUGAUGAAAUGACUGAGAGGAAUGUUGUGUCUUGGACAGCUAUGAUUUCUGGGUACACGAGGCUUGGACAGAUUGGGAAUGCUGUAUUGUUGUUUGAGGAAAUGCCCGAGAGGGAUGUGCCGUCUUGGAACGCUUUGAUUGCUGGUUACACACAGAAUGGGUUGUUCAUGGAGGCGUUAUCACUUUUCAGGAGAAUGAUUGCCGUUGAGGCGGGAGCUUGGGGUCAAGGAAAUAGGCCAAAUCAGGUUACUGCUGUGUGCUCACUCUCAGCUUGUGGUCACACUGGUAUGCUCCGGCUUGGUAAAUGGAUACAUGGUUAUGUUUACAGAAAUGGGCUUGGUUUGGAUUCAUUUGUAUCUAAUGCUCUGGUGGAUAUGUAUGGGAAAUGUGGAUGUUUGAAAGAGGCAAGAAGGGUUUUUGAUAGGACAUUGGAGAGAAGCUUGACAUCAUGGAAUUCCAUGAUCAAUUGUCUCGCCCUCCAUGGGCAAAGUCAGAAUGCAAUAAGUGUGUUUGAGGAGAUGAUGACAUGUGGAAGUGGUGUAAAACCUGAUGAAGUUACAUUUAUUGGCUUGUUGAAUGCCUGUACCCAUGGGGGUUUGGUUGAAAAAGGUUGGCUUUAUUUUGAGCUGAUGACUCAAAAUUAUGGGAUAGAACCUCAGAUUGAGCAUUAUGGUUGCUUGGUAGAUCUUCUUGGUCGUGCAGGUCAGUUUGAAGAAGCUAUGGAGGUUGUAAGGGGAAUGAGAAUUGAACCUGAUGAGGUUAUUUGGGGCUCUUUGCUUAAUGGAUGUAAGAUUCAUGGCCACACAGAUUUGGCUGAAUUUUCCAUUAAAAAAUUGAUUGAUAUGGAUCCAAAUAAUGGUGGUUAUGGUAUAAUGUUGGCAAAUAUAUAUGGGGAGCUAGGCAAGUGGGAUGAGGUUCGGAAGGUUCGGAAGGUGUUGAAGGAGCAGAAUGCCCACAAGACCCCUGGUUGCAGUUGGAUUGAAAUUGACAACCAAGUUCAUCAAUUCUAUUCUGUUGAUAAAACACAUCCUAGAACGGAGGAGAUAUACAAUACAUUGGAGAGUCUGAUUAGUCUGUACUAGCUUAGAGGUGCUGGGGUUUUUCCCACAAUUAUAAAAACGGUUUAAAAAAUAAAAUUUUGAGUUUACAGGAGUUCAAAUUUGAUUCCUAAUUCUCAAACUACAUGUUUCACAUGCCUACAGCACUAUUCUGCUUUGGAGGGUAACCCUCUCAAGUCCUUAUGGAAGUGGUUGAUGAGGGGCCAAGGUUUUCUUUCUUAUUCUAUUUUUCAUGUUUAAACUUCUUCUUGAACAAGAGAAAAGAGUUGAGGGAUGAAGGAUUAAAGCGGUGCUGAAGCCAGGUCUGCUGUGGCUCUAAAUCCACAAUGCUUGUUUUUGCAUCAUUCCUGCUCAUUCUUGGGGCUUUUGCUACCAUCGUAUUCGUGAACUCCAGUUUGAAGCCAAAGAUGAGUUUGGAAUGGUUGAAACUGGGUUCAUCAAUUAAGCUCUUUAUAGCCAUUCUCCACAAGGAAUUUGAUGGAGGAAGGUGAGAGUAUGUGGCAGACAAGUAAGUCUGGGUUUCUCAGGUACAGCUCUAAGCUCUCAAUUCCCAUUUGUGUGAGUUCUUAAAUUAUUUUCAAAGUUUCUAUGCUUGUUGAUCUCAUCUUUUCAUCUGUUCAUCUGAUCAUCUUUCUUUCUAUAUUAUUUCCCAAUUUCCUGGUAUGACUAGAUGUCUGUAUUGUAUUUCUCUCUCUAUAUAAAAAAAGAUUAAGUGGUAAUAAUCUGGAACCAACAAAUAAUAAUGUAUCAGUUUGAUAUUUUUUUCUCUCAAGAAUUCCAACUCUCUCUCCCUCCCUCCCCUGGCAUAUGUGUGUAGGGUUUUGGAAUUCAGUUGUCAUAUUAAACUUCAAAUUUGUCUUAGUUUCUUUUCUGUACAACUCAAUCAACUGGGUUGCAAGUCUGUUGAGGAAUCUGCCUUUGUUAUAUGCAUUCAUGUUUGCUUAAACUUUUGGUGCUGAGUUGGAUGGGGGAGAGAGGAGAAGAAUCUUAAUGUGAUCAAACUUUUGAAUAAGAAAACUGUUGGAUUUUGAGUUUGUUCUUACUGUGAUUAAACUUUCAAAUGAGAAAACUGUUGGAUUUUGAGUUUGUAGAGUGGGAGAAUUUGGUGUUUAUCAUUUAAUGAUGUAACCUUAAAACCCAUUUCUUAGAAAUUCUUCCUUCACACAUCCAACCUUCAAGCUAAUUUGGUCUACAAUGAUAUUGAAUAGUUUCUCUUCUUCAUCUAGUGGGGAAAAUCGUUCCUGUGUGAUUCUUUUUUCUGGGUCCAUGCAACAUCCAUUACAAAAUAUUUCUUAGUUAAGAUACAGGUUCAGUGUUAAAGAAAUACAGGGAAAAUUAUCUUUCCAUUUUCUCUCCAUGGUGCUCCUCCCUCCUUCUGUUCAUAUUUCUACUAACAUCUUCAACCCCAAUAAUGAAAGAUCUUAUCAAUUGGUCAUCAGGAUAGAAGUUAAAAGAGGGUAUUGGAUCUCUUCGUUAUAUGGAAAUCAGAUAUCUUAUGUCUGGAGUCAUUCUCUUCACUUUUUCUUUUGCUAGUAUUUCCUAUCCUAUUUAUUUCAUCUUGGUUUUAUGAACCUGAGGCUCCUAUUAAGAUUGAGGGAAAGCAUCCACGUUUGUUACACCAUCAUUUUGGUGUCUAUGAAUCAAGGAUGAGAUUAUAAUUUUCUAAGAUGGCAAAUUUUUUGUUACAUUCAACUACAAUGCUAAGCUUCUGACUAUGAGAGAUCAGUGCAGGGAUGGAUCAUGUUGACCUCACUUCUCAACCUCCUCAACCCCCUGGGCUGGAUUGACCCCAUGAACUGCACACCAAAGAAGAUGAUGAUUUUCUAAUUGUUUGCAUGUCAACAUUUUCUGUGACCUUAAAUUCUGAUAGUUGAGCAUCAAUGAACACAUCAUAUCAGUCAGUACUAGUUCUUUGGGUCUGUCAUCCGACUGGUUGCCACCACCCUGCGCAACCACAGCAGAAAUAAGCUUUUCAAUAUCAUCUGUAAUCUGCAGGUUCUUUCAGAAAACAAGCAGUUUCUGAAGGUUUUGUCAACUGCAUGCAAAAGACUGGUUAUGAGGUAUCCUCUUUUCACUCUUUUUUUUUUCAGUCUAUUUGGUUGUGGAGAUCCAUAUGUAGAAUAUUCUCAUGCAAGAGAAUUUUGUGGAAAGACAAAAUAAUAUACAACUUCAUGUUUACAUUAA